AUGAACAGAACCGCCCUCCAUGCCGCCUACAAAGGUCUUAUCCAGCGUGGCCGACUCGUACCAGACCAACACCAAGCAGCCCUGGUGACACGAUUAGCCAACCUACAAGAUGAACUCCUCGAAACAAACGACAAUGGCGCCUCGAUCCUCCCAAGCACCCGACCUGUUGACGCUACCAAGGGCCUCUACAUCUACGGCUCAGUCGGAACAGGUAAAUCUCGUCUGGCAGAUCUCUUCGCCGCGACCCUGCCAUCUUCCGUCUCCAGACGACGGAUCCACUUCCAUGAGUUCAUGAUGGACGUGCACACCCGUCUCCAUAGAGCUCGUUCCCGACCAGGCUACGGCGGAGACCCUCUGGUGCAGAUUGGACGCGAGAUCGAAGCCGAAUCCCACGUUCUGUGCUUCGACGAGUUCCAGGUGACGGACAUCGCCGAUGCCAUGAUUCUGGGUCGGCUCUUUGGUUCCAUCUGGCGGCAGGGAGGCGUUAUGGUCAGUACCAGCAAUCGACACCCAAACGGCUUGUAUGAAAAUGGCCUGAAUCGGGAUCUCGUCCUACCAUUCAUCCGAGAGCUACAGAGGCGCUGUGAGGUCUGGGAAAUUGGUGGUAAGGAUGACUAUAGGAUGAAAGGGAUCCAGGAGGAAGACGCAUCUGGGAGACUGGAGACGUUCUUUACGGACCCGUCGGCCUUCUACCAAAGCUUGGAGCGUGCGCUAGAGGGUCGAAAGGUACAACAUGUCUCUCUGCCUGUCUAUGGCAAUCGCUCCCUUCAAAUCAGUGCCGCCCCUUCGCACGACGUCGAUCCGAGCAACGAGAAAAGAAAAUUUGAUCUCGUACACGGAACUUUCCAAGACCUGUGCGAAGCCUCAUUGGGCUCAGGUGACUACCACGCUCUCUGCUCUUCCACCGAGAAGAUUUUCCUCUCCGGCCUUCGCCCAUUCCGUGCCGGAGAAAAAGACUCCGUGCGACGCUUCAUCACCAUGAUAGACUUGGCCUACGAAACCAGAACACAGGUCAUCUGUCUGUCUAGUGCACCCUUGGGCGAAGUAUUCGCCAACAUUGUGCCGGUGGAUAGCCGAUUGAAAAGUAGACUUGCCGAAGGCAUGACUGUCAAAGGCGAAGGAGGCAGCAGCUCGAGUAUGAUGAGUACGUUCAUUGGAGAUACCGAAUGGUCUGCGACUGGCCUCAUGGAGGCUUCUCUCGCUACCGGGGGUGCUGGAGAGACGGAUGUUGGGUUUGCUAUUGGAAGGGCCAUUUCACGCCUGUAUGAGAUGGGUUCGAGAAGCUAUAGCACACGUGAUUGA